CAGUUUCGUGUGCUUAUGACCGUAGAUAUAUAUAUGAAAAAUCUUCUCUGGUUCGUUCUGUUCACCGUUUCUGAAUGGCGUUUAUAUCAAUUCAGUAGAAUAGUACAUCACUGUGUCCACAAACCAUUGUACAAGUUUCGACCAUUUUCUACAAAUCUUGUGAACUAUUUUCACAUCACCAGGAUGGCACUUGAGGCAACAACAAAUUCUCAAAAUAUGGGUCUGAAGCGGCCAGCCGAGUCAGAAAUGACAGAGAGUGAGGCCAAAAAGAUACACCUGAACCCGGUGCCGCACACUGAAUUGGAAACAGGGAGCGACACAGUUAGAAGAAAACGAAGAAAGUAUGCGAUACUCUUGUCAUAUUCAGGAAAAGGCUAUUUAGGAAUGCAAAGGAAUCCAGGGUAUAGGACGAUAGAGGAUGACUUGUUAAAUGCCAUGUUGCACGCUGACCUGGUAACAGAGGAAGGUUGCACAUGCCCGCAACUGUUCAACUUCCAGCGGGCGGCUCGCACAGACAAGGGAGUUUCAGCAGCACGACAAGUAGUGUCAAUUAAACUACCCGAGGAUGUGCCUGACAUGGUGACGGAAAUCAACAAGCACCUCAACAGCCAAAUAAGGGUCAUGGCCAUCAAGCGCACAACCAAAAGCUUCAACUGCAAGGCAUGGUGUGACUCGCGCACGUAUUCCUACAUGUGCCCCACUUUUGCCUUUGCUCCGGUUGAAAAGUUGACAGAUGCAGACUACCGCAUCGCCUCGGAAGUUAUGGAGGAACUAAGAAGUACCUUGAAAAUAUAUAAAGGGACUCACAACUUCCACAACUUUACAGCACGAAAAUUGUUCUGGGUCACAUGUAUUGCUUUACUCAUUUAUCAAGGAUUUGAGUCAUUCGUAGUCACAGGAGGUAUUUUACCUUUCAGAAGGCCAGUGAUGUCAGAUCAAAUGCACACCUUUAGGGCAUAUACAGUCACAUAUACAUCACACUGUAUGAGACUAAUUCUUAAUUUCUCUCAUACAUUACAUACAUUUGUAGGCCAAAGCUUCAUGCUGCACCAGAUUCGCAAAAUGAUCGGGCUGGUAAUGGCCAUAUGCCGAGGGCUGGCUAGCAAAGAUGUGAUCACAAAGGCUUGGAUGAAGGACCGCGUGGAUCUGCCCAUUGCGCCCGGCCUAGGUCUUGUGCUGGAAGAACCCCAUUAUGACAAGUACAAUAAGAAAUAUGGGUCAGAUGGGAUUCAUGUGCCUCUGGAUUGGAGUGAAGUGUCGGAAAAGAUCCAAGAAUUCCGGGAGAAGUUCAUUGAUUCCACUAUUGUAGCAACAGAAAUAGAGGAGCAGUCGAUGUUAAAAUGGCUGGCAACUCUUCCAUUUCAUACGUAUGAUGUGCGGGAAGUUCCUACUGAUGGAGAACCUGUUCAGCAUAUGUCAGGGGUGCGAACAGCGAUAGGCCGGGCAGCUGUCAAAUUAUCAAACUAUAGAGCUGAUUAUGAUGGCAGAGGAAGCGAGGAUGAAGCAGAAGAUGAGGAUGAAGGGGAUUUAGACCAAUAUAGGGUGAAACCUGCUGAGGCUGGAGAAGCCAGUAAUGGUCAGGACUGUAACAGUGCUGAAAAUGGCAUAAGCAACAAUGGCACUGAAGAUAAUAUACAGGAAGAAAAGGGUAAUGAGGAUAAAAACAAUGAAGAAGUGUGAUUGUAGGGAAUGAAAUAAUCAAUUGUCUUGCCUCAGUGAUGUGACAGUAUAUCUCUUCACUUGGAAAAACAAAAUAUGUGAUUAAAGUGUAGCAACCAUUUUGAAAAGUCAACUAGUGCCAUUAGUGUUCCAUACAUAUUAUUUGUCAUUGAUUGUGGAGUAAAAGCAGACAUACCAUAAUAAUCAGUGUCAAGCCAGUCAGUCAUAUGUGUUUCCAGCCAUGCAACAAUACUCAUAGACAGGUAAUCAUUAUUGAUGAAUUGUUAUUUUUGUACAUAUUUGUACCCCCACCUCCCAGUUCUUGAAAUCCAAGAAUGCUCAUAUUCUCAGAGAGAUAUACUUGUGUAGAAAUUUCCAAUUUUAAAUGUUAGUGUAAUAUACAGUUUAUCCUAUAACAUUGUUAACUGGUAUUUAAUAGGUUUAUGCUAUUUGUUAUUUUAUACGUGUACAGCUGAGUGUAAGUAGAGGCUUCAGUAAUAAACAAGUUUUAGAGUU